GCGGGAAUCGCUUCCCUGGAUCCUCCUCUCUCGCCUCUCCCCUCCCCGCGGGAGCGGCGCCCGCAGCCCCGGCCACCCCUCACACGGAUGCCCCGGCAGGGUCUGUCCAUGGAUGCCAGCAAGAAGGUGGAUCUGAAGAUAAUCAUCAUUGGAGCGCUGGGCGUGGGCAAAACCUCCCUCCUGCACCAGUUUGUGCACAAGACGUUCUAUGAGGAUUACCGCACCACGCUGGGCGCCAGCAUCCUCACCAAGGUCCUCGUGGUGGACAACACCUCCCUGAAGCUGCAGAUCUGGGACACAGGGGGACAGGAGCGAUUCCGAUCCAUGGUGUCGACCUUUUACAAGGGCUCGGAUGGCUGCAUGCUGGCUUUUGACGUGACAGACAGGGAGUCCUUUGAGUCCCUGGACAACUGGAGAGAUGAUUUUCUGGAGAAGGUCAUCCCAAGGGAGCAAGAUUUCCCCAUGGUCGUGCUGGGGAACAAAAUAGACCUCUGCGAUCGGCAGGUAUCCAAGGAGAUGGCCUCAGCCUGGUGCAAGGAGAAGGACAUCCCUUACUUCGAAGUCAGCGCCAAGAACAACAUCAACGUUGCAGAGGCUUUCGAGACCCUGGCAAAGCAGGCGCUGGCAAUGUACAAAGGGAUCUUUGAGAGUUACUUGACUGACUCCAUCAAACUCACGCCCAACGACAAGCCCAAGAAGAGCUGCUGCUGACCCCGGGCAAGCACAGCCCAGGCGGGCCGGACCCCACGAUGCCCAUGGCCAUCAGAGGCU